UCUACCAUUCCAGAUACACAACUCCACAUUCCAGAUAAUAACAGCAACCACUGGGACAGAAAAGAACAUCCCCAGGAUGUACUUACAAUGUCUCCUUGUACUAGUAUGUGGAAUAGAUAUAUGCAUCAGCUGCGGCGGUGGAGGCGGAGGAGCAGCAAAUGAACCACCUUCCAUAACAUGCCCAACUAUUAAAGGCAAUUGGGUUGCUGACAAAAGAAAGACGACAACUUCAGUACACUGGUCUACACCUACAGUCAGUGACCCCGAAGAUUCAAGCUUGACAGCUGUGCUGAAGAGUGGCAAGGGGUCAGGAUCCAAGUUUGGACGUGGAAGCCAUGCUGUAGCAUACACAGUGACGGACAGUGGAGGCCUAUCUGCUUACUGUAUGAUGAAUUUUUAUGUGGAGGUGAAGGAAUGCCGUCCACCUCAUUAUAUACGGAAUGGGGAUGUUACGUGUAAUCUUUACAUCUAUGGUGGGAGAUGUUCAUUCAGAUGUGAAGAGGGUUACAAAUUGGUUGGGGCAUCUCAAAUCGACUGCUUGGUAAGCGAGAAAUGGAGCUCUGACAUACCUAAGUGUCAAGCAACUGAAUGUCCAGAACUAACACUCCCAAAGAAUGGCAAGAGCUUCCGCUGUACCAAUGGGAAGACUUUUAAGAGCAUUUGUUGGUUGACUUGUGAUGAGGAGAUUGGCUAUGCACCGGUCAGGGGACAAUGGACAAUGUGUACCAAAGACAAAACAUGGACAACAUAUGACAUGAUGUGUGAAGAUACUCAACCACCACAAAUCAACAAUUGUCCUGCGACAACAAUCCUGAAGACAGCUGACCCAAAUGCUCCAACUACUCAUGUUAUUUGGCCAGACAUCACUGUGUCUGACAACUCGAAGGAAACCAUCCCUUUAAAAAGUUCAUCUGCAAUCAAAAAUGGUGGAUCAUUUUCUGUGGGAACACACAUUGUUAGUUUCACAGCAACAGACUCAUCUAACAACAAAGCCGAUCCAUGUUUCUUCCUCGUCAAAGUACAGUCUGUCACGUGUGAUCCUCCAAGGUUUGAUGAUGAGUACAUGGAUACGCCAGGCUGCCUUAACUUUCGUGAGGGGGCCUCAUGCAAACUGGAAUGUGACAUGGCUAUAAAAUUGGUAGGAGAGAAAUACAUCACUUGCAAGAAGGAGACAAACGGAAUCAGAGGUCAAUGGGUGUAUGGCACAUACGAUAACCCAAGUAGCGAAAAGUCUUAUUGCAAAGUUCACAGCUGCCCAGAACUACCUGCUCCAAACAAUGGGGCCAUGGCCUGUGACACUUGGACACGGGGUAGCCAAUGUCAGCUACAGUGUAAUGACGAAUAUGACAUUCCGGACUCUGUCUCCCUACAGAAGCUGUAUCUGUGUACACUUGAUACAGGCAUAUGGAGUAAUAGUAUUGUACCCAACUGUGCAUACCGUGAAGAAAGUGAAGGGUAUCGUAUGGAUGAAAUAUACUACUUCACUGGAAGAUGUGAUGUUAUGAAGGAGGAAAUCCGGAUAAACUUCCUGAAUGCUAUGAAAACAAUAAAUGCUUGCUUGGAGAAAUAUUGUCAUAUUGACAAUGUCAAGAUCAAAUGUGGGGAUGAAGUUGAUGAUGACUUGUUGGACUUUCGCCGAAAACGUGCAACACGCGGCGGUAGACGUCGUAGUCAGAGAAUAAAAUCACGACGAGGAAAAACAGUGUCCACAACAUCUAAUUACAUUUCUUUUAAAAUUGUCCUCCGAUCUCAAGUGAUGUCAAAAUCUUUUUCUGAAAACAAGAGACUCUAUUCUUCAAGAUUGAAGUCCAUUGCAGUAAGAAUAGCAAAAUCAAGUUUUCAUGCUGGUGGGCGGCUUAUCAAGGCCUCAAAAGUUCGAGUGAGAGAUGUAAUUCCUGUUUGUAAACCAGGACAUAAAAUUGGAUUCUUCUACAAAGAUUCAUGUGUACCUUGCCCAAAGGGGUCCUACUACAAUUCUACCAGAGACGAGUGCAUGGCAUGCACCUAUGGACAAUAUCAGGAACUUCAGGGUCAAGUCACAUGUUCAAUGUGUCCAGAAGGACAGACCACCUUAACUCUCGCUAAUCAAGACAAAUCAUCUUGCAAAGAUAUGUGCGUGGCUGGCACAUACUCUAAGGAUGGUGUAGUUCCUUGUACCCAGUGCCCACGUGGUACCUAUCAAGAUCGCCAUAAUAUGGUGGAGUGUUUCAUAUGUCCCCCUGGCAAAACAACAUUGGAUGAAGGUGCUUCUUCAUCAUCACUCUGCAUUGCCUAUGAUAUCCUGUUUCAAGGACCUGUUACAAUUCCAGUAGAAGGCAGCGUUCCAUCCUCCAUUUGUGACUUUACAAUUGCUCUGUGGAUUAAAGUUGAAGACCCAGACUAUGGUGGUAUAAAAUUCCAGAUCUACAGUCCUAUAACAAAAACUGGGAUUGAAGUGUCCAUCUCUUCAGGCAUCAAAGUGAUCCUGAGAAACAGAUAUGAACUAAUUGUGGAGGACAUCAUGGACGACACCUGGACUCAUGUUGCUGUGGUAUGGUCCAGACAGCGAAUCACUGUGUAUGUCAGAGGGAAGGCUGUGGCAGAAAGCCAUCAUAAAAGUGCACCCAGGUGUCCUUCGCCAACAACAUCAGUUAUGUCAAUAGCUAUCAGGGAUCAUGCAUACAUGUACAUGCGAGAUCUCAAUUUCUGGUCUCUGGAUAAGGCUGAUGUCAUCAGGAGUCUCACUACUUCCUGCGACUCUCGUCGCAAUGACACCAUCUUUUCUUCUGAACAGAUCAACAUGCAUGCGCUUGACAGAGUGUAUAAAGUUGUUCCAAGUACCUGUCUCAAGCCUGAUGUUUGUGCUUCUGAUCCAUGUGGAGACAAUAUCUGCAUUCCAACCCGCAAAGGUUUCAAAUGUGUUUGCAGAGGAGGUUACACUGGGGAAAAAUGUGACGUGCCCCCAGAUUUGUGUAAAGACAAUAUUUGUAGAAAUAAUGCCACAUGCCUGUUAUCAGGACAGGGAUACCAUUGUGACUGUGCUCCAGGCUAUAGGGGAGAACUCUGUGAGGUGGAAAUAGCUGAUGGAGGGUGGAGUAAGUGGAUGGAAUGGAGUGCUUGCUCGGUAAGCUGUGGAAAUGGAACAAGGAGAAGACAUCGUUUCUGUACUAAUCCACCACCAGAUAGAAAUGGCAAGACGUGUCCUGGUGACAAACAACAGACAAUAUUUUGUCAGAGACAGACAUGCCCAGAAUGCAACACGGAUGAUCUAGUAGUUGGGAAAGGUAUAAUUAAAACUUGUGACAUACAGAAGACGUCGAUAACAUGUCAAGUCAAAUGCAAGCACGGCUUGGUGUUUCCCGAGAAGCCUUUUGUCUACACGUGUGGCCACGGUAUAUGGACACCAACAAGGCAAACUGUCUCAUGCACAGACCCGGUGACUCCACUCUCAGCUGGCAUCAACUACACAGUGGUAUUUGGCAACUCUGUCAUAACACCUGGCCUCAUCAGCUCCAAGUUGCACUCUGUGGGAAGCAGUUUCAAUUGUGUCAGAAGUCAUAAUUGUUCCAUUCAAAUUGGGUCUUCUGUAUGCCAUGAGAGUAUUACAAACUGCAAUAAAGUUGAUGGUCAGCACUACGGUUCUCUCAUUGUCAGAAGAGAUGUACCACAAGGACAAAUAAAUGUAUCAAAGAUUCAGAAGAACAAGAAAGUGAUGACUUACUUAGAACCGCUGUUUGCAACAUGGAACGUUUUCACCCACACAAGUGAUGAACCAACAAUGAUUGAACAUAGAGCACUGGAAUUGUCUGUUGUCAACGACUCACUAAUAGUGAAUCCAUAUGAUCAUCCAUCAUUGGCAGUUGAAGUUCCAGGUCAGUUUGGCAACAUCCUGAGAACUUGGCACUUCCUGGAUGACACGAACUGGGAGGUGAGGCGUGAGAACUACACAGACUUCAACAUGAAACUGGACCAGCAAAACCCCUUACAACCCACCUUCAUGUCAGCUGUACAGAUCAUGACAUGCCCCAUUGGUGCCAUCCAAGGUGGCGUGUUCUGUAUCAAGUGCCCUCCUGGAAAGAUGUUUGACACUCAACAAUGCAAGGCGUGUGAACAUGGGUUCUACCAGGACAAACCAGGAAUGUCAUUUUGCCACUCAUGUCCUGGACUCAAGACUACGGAGCUCAAGGGAAGUCCUGAUGUCAAGCAGUGCACAGACACAAACACGUCAGAGUUAAAACUGCUGUUUGGUAUGGGUGACUCCGAGUUUGGAAUCCUUAACCUUCACAGCAUGACAAUAGGUACAGUGAGUGUGGAGAGGUACUUUGGAACUGUGGAUCUUCUCGUGUACAAUCAGAGGGAUCAGUUCGUUUACUUCGCCACACGGACCCCAACCACAAUCGGGAGAGUCACGAUGGAUGGCGUUGGACAGGAAUUGCUCUUCAAAUUCCCCGAAGGGAUCGUGCUGACAGGCCUAGACAUAGACAUUGCAUCUGACCUCUUGUUCUUCACAACUUCGUCGGGUAUACUAUCUACCCUUCACAUCACAUCUGGUGCUGAACUGGUCCUGCUAUCUAACCUGACCAAACCACGAGGACUUCAAGUGAACCAAGACUUUGGUCUGUACUGGGUGGAGAAUGACAGGAUAAUGUCCCUGCAGUAUGGAAGUGAAAUAGCCUCCACUGUUGUGAGCGACACUCAUGCUGUAUGGAACCCUACCCUUCACAAACAAGACAACAGAAUAAUGUGGCAAAGCUAUAACAGACUGAGGACAGCAUACAUCAAUGGUUCGACUUCCCAGACUUUGGCUACUAACUUCACAUCCAGAUUUGGCUACACAGAAAAAUAUUACUUCUAUGUUGACAGCAGUGCAGUGCUGAUGCGAGUAAAUUCUGACCUGAGUGCAAGGGCAGCUGUAUAUGUGCUGCCAUUCUCUGUCACAAGGGUGCGACUGGUCAACACAACGGAUGAUCCAAGCCUUGUUAAUAUAUGCAGUGGAAAAAGAAACGACUGUAGUCAAGGGUGUUACCCCCUCAAUCAAACCAAACGAAUUUGCUUUUGUGUAUCAGACUCCACACUUCAAAAGGACAACAGGACCUGCAGACAAGACUUUUCUACGAGACUUGAAACAUCUGACGCCAAAUCUUGGAUGAAGCCAUCACCAUCAGACUUCUCUGUGCCGCCAAGCAUGACCUUGCGGCUGAAGGUGAAGUCAUGUCAUUCUGCACUCCUGGCACUGGCUGAGACAAACAGACGCUUGUAUCGCAUUGACAUUGGACUCAAAAGGGGAAACGUCACAGAGAUGUCCAUCAAGAAAAUCUGGCCAAACAGACCUCCUGUCACCCUGGCUCACAGGGAGAUCAGUAUACUUGACUGUACUACUUUAAAACAUGUCUGGCUGCAAUGGGCUGACAAGACCCUGAGGGUGGGAAGUGGAACAAAAGUUGGAGAGCAGCGGAUCUUAGUAGCCAAAGACUCAUGGCCAUUCAGUGUGAAUUUUGUUAUGUUUCGGAGUGGCAUCAAUUCUACUGCCGAAUGGCAAUUCUAGGUUUGUGGCAAAAUUUUCAAUGGACUGAAAAUCCAACCAAAAUGCCAUACUUUUCUAAUGAAAAUGACCCAGUGGUUAGUAGAAUUCCACCACAUGUUUGCAGUGAAGCUAAAAGUGAAACAAAAGUUUGUAGCCCACCUAACUGACAAUCAUGGAUUGGUUGUCUGCUGUGUGUCCUGUCACUCUUGUGAGGUAUAUAUUAUGUUUAUGACCAGCAUAGGCUGCUAUUCUAACCUCACAACAUCAUCAUCACAAGAUCUCCCCAGAUUUGAAGUAAUGAUAUCAUAAACCACUUUGCUAUUUCCGAAAAGCUUGAUUGUGCCACUUUGGUUGCAUAUAUUUUUUUUAAAUCAAAAUUUCUUGUAAAUUCAAUUAUUUGUUUAUUUUCCAGAAAAAACCUGAAAUUUUGAGUUUUUUAAAUAAACUUGAAAUAACUAGAAUUAAUUUGAAUUUACGCGAAAAAAAUCUUUAUUUCGAGAAAAUAAUUGAAAUAAUGAGUAAAUAAUCAAAAUAACGAGAACUAAUUUAAAGUAACAAGAAAGAACUCGAAAUUUCGAUUACAAAUUAUAAAUUAAUGAUAGCAAAGUGGCACCAUAAGGCUUUACUAGUUAUUAAGGUCGCUAGAAGAAAAGAACCUUCUUUUUCAAAAAGUUGCAUUGCAUUGGGUAUAUUUUUCCUAAAUCCCAAAAUGACAUCAUAAAACUUUAUGUGCUUAGAACUUCUUAGUAGGGAAGCUAGAGGCGUAGGACUGAAUUGUACUGCGUUGGACAACUUUAGGGUUCAAAGAAGAAUAUAGAUGGCUAUUGGUGAGGUCAUUUAAUAAGGGGCCGCAUACAUCUCAUUCAACAAUGGAAGUUCAUGUACAAACCUGUUUUGGAGCUGGUCCAUUUUGACUGGCAUGUACACAUUAAUGAGUAGUAGAUGAAUGUUGACAAAUUGAAAGCUGGUGAUAAGUAAUAAUAUAUAUGGGGUUAAACAACUCAAUCCAAGUUGACUGAAGGAUUUCUCGUUACAUUGAAUAUGUCCAAUGUAGAUCAGGUUUGUUUUUCUACAUUUUCCCUAACAAAGCAUUUACACCCAGAGCAUGUAUAAGUUUUUAUUACCAACCUUGAAAUGGAUAUCUAUAUUUAAUCGUCCCAACAUGGAUAUACUUGUGCAUACAAGGAAUACAUGUGUAUUGGAUUUAACAAUCAAUAUUUUCAAAGCCUCCACAUGCUCUCUGUAAUGUCUACUGCUGUGUCAUUGUCAGUUUUGUGACUCGCUUGGGUAAACCACAAUGUCUUCUAGUUUAGUUCCAUUUAGCCUAUAAAAUCAAUGAUUGGUGGGUAUUCAUCAACACCCAUGGAGUCAUCAUUGAAAUUAUAUUAUUUGCCAAUACUAUUUGUACUUUUAAAUGAAUUUGUGAGGUAUAAUUGAGUACAAGAAGAAGAAAGGACUAACACUGAUAAGAGACAAAGAAUCUUAUCAUUGGUGUUCUCGUGACAUAAUAUAUAAUAGUGAGAGUUUUGCAAAAGAUUGUUAUUUCUGCAAAGCCAAACAGAGGAAGAAUACUCUGAGCUUGACAUGUGUAAUUCUCUAAUCUAAUUGUUUCUAAACAUAAUGCUGACAAUUUUUACCUCAGGUUAGACUAUUUUAUGUGCAGCACGUGAUUGUUUAAAGGUCCUUGUGAUAUAGCUAGAAUCUUGUUGUUGCAUAAAACUACAAGCAAACUUCUUUUGAUUCUAAUCCUGUCAUCUGGCAGAUUUAGGACAAUGGCUUUGUAAGUGCAUGGUGUGUUGAUUUACAUUUCAUAUGGAGAAUGUUUUUCCUUGUGCUGGUGAUCCUGGUUAAAUGUGUUUAUGUUACCUAGGCCAUUCUGCCGGGUGUGGGAGAGGUGGAAGGGGUGCAGGUGAAGUACAUCCAGCAGAGACUAUAUGUCAGUAUAUGACUGUGAUCUAAGGAGAGGUGGGAGGGUUGCCGGUGAAAGUACAUCAAGACAGAGACCAUAUGCCAGUAUAUGUCUGUGAUCCGAGGAGAGGUGGAAGGGGUACUGGUGAAAGUACAUCCAGCAGAGAGCAUAUGCCAGUAUAUGACUGUGAUCUAAGGAGAGGUGGAAGGGUUAAAGUCAUGUUACACAUUGUCGGUAAUUUUGAUGCAUACGGUGACAUGACAUGAUGAGAGGAUUAUGCUGAUCCUAUCUGUAGACUGCACACAUGAUGUUCAAACCAUGACAAUUGAUCCUCACAUGUAUUGUUAUGUCACCUAAGCAACCAGACGUGUCCUGCAAAGUACCCCAGACUGAACUAGUAAAUGCUAAUAAUUAAUAUUGCAUGGUAUGCUUACACAUAUACAUCACAUGUAUUACACACGUGGAGGUGCACCUAGUAUGGGUACACCCAGUAGAGGUACACCAAGUAGAGGUAAACCCAGCAGUGAUACACCCAGCAGAGGUAAACACAGUAGAGGUAGAGAUAUACCCAGUAGUGGUACACCCAGUACAUGGGGAUGAGAUACACCCAGUAUACCCAGUAGACGUACACCCAAUAGAGGUACACAAAGCAGAGGUAAACACAGUAGAGGUAAAGAUCUACCCAGUAGUGUUACACCCAGUAGGGGUACACCCAGUAGAGGUGCACCCAGUAGUGGUACACCCAGUAGAUCCAGUAGAGGUACACCCAGAAGAGAUACACCUACUAGAGGUAGAGGUGCACCCAGUAGAGAUAGAAGUGUUCCCAGUACACCCAGUAGUAGAGUUACAUCCAGGAGAGAGAUGCAUCCUGUACACCCAGUACACCCCACAGAGGUACACCCAGUACACUCAGUAGAGAUGCACAUAGUACACCCAGUAGAGGUGCAUCCAGUACACCCAUUAGAGGUAGAUAUGCGACCAGUACACCCAAUAGAGGUACACUCAGUAGAGAUACAUCUAGUGCACCCAGUAGAGGUAGAUGUCCGACUCGGACACCCAGUAGAUGUGCACCCAGUACACCCUGUACACCCCACAGAGGUACACCAAAUAGAGGUACACACAGUCAGCCAGUAGAGGAGUAACAAGUACACCCUUUUACACCCAGUACAUCCAGUAGAAGUGCACCCAGUAGAGGUCCACCAAGUAGAGGUCCACCCAGUAGAAUUGCACCCAGUGGAGUUGCACACAGUAGAGGUACACCCGGCUGUGAUACAUCCAGUGAUAAACCAGCAGGAUGAGACAUCAUUGCUCAAGUUGAUAUAUAUAAGAAUUAUAAACUCAUCUUGCUUAACAGUCCAAGGGAAGAUAGAAAUUGAUAUUUAGGUUAAUUAGGUAAUAAACAUAACUGUUCUGCACUGCACGUGUUGUUUCUUUGCCUAUGCACUGUGAAAUCCUUAGUUUUUGUUAAUAAUUUAGCUCUGUGUACAAUAAAAGUUCUUUUGGUCUCUGA